AUGACAACGUUAGUAGGUACAUUAUCGACUGUUGAAUUAUCAACGGUUACUCAUCAUCGCACAUCAUCACACAAUUAUAAUGUGAAUCUCGAAGAAAACAAACAAUUAAUUGAACAAUUAUCUGAACCAUACAAAUUAGUUGAUUCGAUUCAGAACAAUGAGCAGCUAGGUGAUGAAAAACGAGAAGAUGAAAAUAAUGAAUUAGAGGCUCAAAAAUAUUAUGAUCGUGCUUUUAGAUUUUGUACAUUAGCAAGAACGCUUUAG